UCCGGGGACUGGACCGAGACAGCCGGGGCAGCCAGGGAUGCGCUGCCCGGCCCCCGCACCUACGCGCGCCGCUGGGUCUUCCUGCUGGUGAUCAGCCUCUUGAGCUGCUCCAAUGCUAUGCUGUGGCUCAGCUUUGCACCUGUGGCGGACACCAUCACCCAACACUUCUUUCUGUCCAUGGAUCAGGUCAACUGGCUGUCACUGAUCUACCUCUUGGUAUCCAUCCCAUUUGGCAUGGCAGCCAUCUGGGUCCUGGAUUCUGUUGGGCUCCGAGGGGCGACCAUCCUGGGAGCAUGGCUGAACCUUGCUGGCAGUAUGCUUCGGGCCCUGCCCUCCAUGGCUGUAGGAAUCCCCAACCCCUUUUUCUUCUUCAUGAGUGGCCAAAGCCUCUGUGCCCUCGCCCAGACACUGGUUGUCUUUUCUCCAGCCAAGCUGGCUGCCUUGUGGUUCCCAGAGCAGCAGCGAGCCACAGCCAACAUGAUCGGCACUAUGUCAAACCCCCUGGGCAUCCUUGUGGCCAAUGUCCUGUCACCUGCCCUGGUCAAGAAGGCAGAAGACAUCCCCAUAAUGCUUGGUGUCUAUAUUGCUCCUGCUGCCCUUGCUUGCCUGCUGGCCACUGCCUGCCUCUGGGAGAAUGUGCCCCCAGUCCCGCCCUCUGUCGGGGCUGCCAGCUCCACCUCAGAGGAUUUCUCCCACGGACUCAAGCUGCUCAUAAAGAACAAGGCUUACGUCAUCCUGGCUGUGUGCUUCGGUGGUGGCAUCGGCGCCUUCACCAGCUUCUCAGCCCUCCUGGAGCAGAUCCUCUGUGCCAGUGGCUAUUCCAAUGAGUUCUCCGGCCUUUGUGGGGCUCUCUUCAUCGUGUUUGGGAUCCUAGGGGCACUGAUUCUGGGCCUGUAUGUGGAUCGGACCAAACACUUCACUGAGGCUACCAAGAUUGGCCUGUCCCUGACCUCCAUGACCUUUGUGGCCUUUGCACUGGUAUCCCAGCUGCAGGGACAGACCCUGGCCCUGGCGGCCAUUUGUUCUCUGCUUGGGCUCUUUGGUUUCUCGGUGGCACCUGUGGCCAUGGAGCUGGCAGUUGAAUGCUCAUUUCCCGUAGGCGAAGGUUCCUCUGCAGGCUUGAUCUUUAUCCUGGGGCAGGCCGAGGGUGUGCUUAUCAUGCUGCUACUGAUGGCGCUGACUGUGAAGCGCACAGGGUCAUCCUUCUCUACCUGUGGGCAUGGUGAGGACCCUCUGGACUGGACAGUGUCCCUGCUAGUGCUGGCCAGCCUGUGCGCCCUCUUCACCUGUGUCAUGGUGCUCUUCUUCCACACCCCGUACCGGCGCUUGGAGGCGGAGUCUCUAGGACACCCUGUACCCAGGACUUGCGCUGUGGAGCCAGAGAUUAUGAGUCCUACCCCAAAGUCACUGCUCCAGUCUCCUGGCUUGCCACUCCCAGCUGGUCCCCUACAGGAAGUUCCUGGUCCUGUUUCUGCCCCCCAAGAGCCCCCAGAGCAUGCAGAAAAUGUGACCAGGGCUGUCUAAUGAAGGUAGGCUGGCGUCUCCUUGACUGGGUUAGCCAUGCUAAGAGAUCCAUCAGGGACUGAGGGCCCUUAGCAUACCAAGGACACAGCAAGGUGACCUUUUGACCUUCAGGCAGACUGUGGGGGUGAAGCUGGAAGAUCUGCUAAAUUGGCCAGGUGGAAUGGACCCUGGUCAAGCCUGUGGCCACUCCAGGGAAGGUCCAUUCAGGGGCAACAUGGAUGUGCCUGUGGUCUGGCAUGAGAAGCAAGGACUGAGGGGGGUCCUGAGGGCCAUGGCAUGGGUGGACUGGAGUGCACAGAUGUGGGAAGGCCUUGUCUCCUCUGGUUGCCACUGUGUGACCAGACACAGCCUAUAGCAAGGGUAGCACAGAGGACUAUGGGCCAGGCUUGCCUGAGAGGGGAGCACAGUGAGAAAAAUCUCCAUAGAGGAAUCCCAGGAUUAGAACUUUGGCCUGGAAACACCCCAAGAAAACCCAGGCAGACACUUGCAAGUCCAUGGGCCCACAUUUAUUGAAUUGGCAUAGCCUGAUGGGUGGGGAGGCCCAUUCCUCCUUCUCCUCCCAGUGUGAGCUUAUAACUCUGUCUUAUAGUCCAGUCCUACAUCAGUGAAGUGAACUCCAGCAUCUGGUCCACCUGUGAGUGAGCCAGUGGUGGGGAAGGGAGGUCAGGUUGGGAAAUGAUAGGAUCCUAGGUUCCAUCCACCCAGAUGCAAUAAAUACAGAAAUUGAACUUCA